AUGACGACAAAUUUGUUCCCGCUGCAAACCAAUCUGGAAGAGUGUCAUCAGUGCUCCAAAACCAAGCUGAGAGAACCAUUCUGUGAGCCAGGACACAGUUCAAACCAUUACUACCACCACGGAAGUCCAUUGCACGAGGUGAAGUUUCGCACUGGCGCUGUAGCUCAUGAAGCUUCGGAGAAGGUUUGGUUUGGCCGCUCAGAUUAAAUUUGAAUUCUGAGGAUUUUCGAAACUUCAAGCAAAAAAAAAACUGAGCUUGACUGAGAUUUUAUACAUAAUUUUAUUUAAAGCGUUUGGUGCACUAAGUAUUCCAGAACUCCUAUCGCAAAGAACUUCAAAAAAAAAACUUUCUUUCGAAAUUUCAGUGUUUCAGAUGGUGAGCCUAGCGCAUGAUGCCGAGGUAGCUUGUGACCACGUUAUCGACAAGUUCAAAGAAAAGUGGCACGAUGCAAAAAAUCUUGUAAACAGCCAUUAAAGGAUGAAAUAUACGAUUUUUUUUUUCUUGAAGUUCUUGUCUUAUGUGUUUAUUUUUCAAAACACUGCUCAAGGAUCACGUCAAAAGAUGAAAAACUUCUAUCUCCUCAAAAUUUAUAUUGCAAUUUAAAUAAAAAAAAUUUGAUUGAAAGUUCGUUUAUUGAGCGAGCAACGAAAAAAAAAAAUUAAUUCAACGAAUCAUUCGAUCCAGGCAAAGACUUCAUACCGUCAACCUGUGGUUUGGUUCUUUUUGGGUUCAAAUCAAGCAGGUAAUGACCAAUUUCUUCGGAUUGAAAAGAAAAAAUAAGGAUUCGAUGAGCACGAAAACAUGUUUAUCCGAAGGCUCGCGCGCUUUGGCGCUUUCCAGCUUUAAGGUUUGGACGUUUCGUGAUUGUCCGUUUUCCCUUUCACGUCCUUCGUUACUUUUUUCUUUUUUUGAAGGCUCUCUCACACAAAUCUUUUCAGAAUUCAAAAAUGAGCAGCCACGUGAUUUAUCGAAGCACGGUGCAGGACAACCAACCGGUGGACACGGGAACAAAUUAUCCCAACACGCAGCCGACGACUACAAUUGCCACCGACAACUACACGGCGGCCGCGUCUCUGCCACACAACGAGGGAAUACUGCACAAUACCGUCGAGAUCACCAAGGACUACGCUCACGAGGCUACCGAGAAGGUUAGAAAACCCUUUGCCGGAAAUCGGCUCUUCUUUUUCUUCCUACGCCGCUGAGAACAAAAGCGGCAGUGCAGCGCCCAUUUCGAAAAAUAAACGGCAGGGCAAGAUAUUUCUUUGGUUGGCUUAAAUCAGUCAAAUCGGUCGAAUGCCAGCGCUUAUAGUCUGUUCAGAUUUUGAAUGUCAACUGCAAUGACGUCAUUCAAAAACACUCUGUGGAUGGCUCGCUCUCUGAUUGGUUUAUUGCACCAUUAUGGGCGGAGCUUCAGCGGCGACUUGACAUUCAAAAUCUGAACAGACUAUACAAGGACAGUUUUUUAGGCCUCGAAUUGAACUUUUGAUGUAAAUUGUUCAAAACGUACUCUAGGAACAAGGAAAGAACAAACUCGGCGACCCUUAGACGUUGUUUAGAACGUGUUGAGUAGAGUUCUCAAAAUGACCAAUUGAAAAAAAUGACAUUUUUCAAAAACGAAAAAUUUUCUUUUUGACAUUUCAAACGAAUGUCGUUUUUGAAAGAUCAACCAAAAUUGAUCACUUUCAUUCUUUUCAUUUUGUGACUUUUCAAAUAAUGACUGAAAAAUAAAUGGUCAUUUUCUAAACAAUCAUAUUCUGACUAGUAAAUAAAUGUUCGUCCUAAUGACCAAAUUUUUUUCAAAGUGAAAAAGUAAAUGUUCACUUUUUUUGACCAAAAUUUUGCAAAGUGAACUUUAAAUGUUUACUUUUCUGACCAAAUUUUUCAAAAGUGAAAUUUAAAUGUUCAUUUUUUUGACCAAAAUUUCCGAAAUGAACUUUAAAUGGUCACUUUUUUGACCAAAAUUUUUCGAAACGAAUUUUUAUAUGUUUACUUUUUUUCGUAAAAAAAAUUUUUUUCAACUGUGAAAAUUAAAUGUUUAUUUUUUUGGCCGAUAAUUUUUCCGAACCUGGAUUUUUCCGAACCAAAAUCCAAAUCAAUACUCUUUCUUUUUCCUCAUUCAAUUAAUUCUCCAGAUAGCACCUUUCUUCCGGUCUGCUCAUUUUUGACCGGUUCCAUAUAAUUUUUCUCGGCUUUAACCGGCUUUUAGCUUUGCCCUUGACCAUCCAGAUCACUGUUUUUCCAACAGAUUUAUUAAUUUUUUUAACCAGAAAUUAGUUUGAAUUUCGAAGUAAUCGAUUCAAGAUUUCAUUUUGGAGAAGACUGAGAUAGAAUUGACUCCGACACAGAUACUGCCAAGUACCGUAAUAGUAAUGAAUAAAGUAAUGAAUAAAUGUUUACUUUUUUGACCAAAAUUUUUAAAAUGAAUUUUAAAUGUUCAUUUUUUUGACCAAAAUUUUUUUAAAAUGAAUUUUAAAUGUUCAUUUUUUUGACCAAAAUUUUUAAAAUGAAUUUUAAAUGUUCAUUUUUUUAACCAAAAUUUUCAAAGUGAACUUUAAAUGUUUACUUUUCUGACCAAAAAUUUUCAAAAAGUGAAAUUUAAAUGUUCAUUUUUUUGACCGAAAAUUUCCGAAAUGAAUUUUUAAAUGUUUACUUUUUUUGACCAAAAAAAUUUCAAAAUGAAAUUUAAAUGUUCAUUUUUUUAACCAAAAAUUUUUUUCGAAAAAAAUAAGUAAUUGUUCAUUUUUUUUAAAUGCUCAGUUAUAAAAUUUAACCAAAAUGAAAUUUUUAAAGAACGGUUCAUGUGAAAUUUAACUAAUUGGUCGAAUUCAUCAAACGUUCAGAAAAUGUUUGGUUGAACGUUCGUUCAAACAUUUACUUUUGAGAACUCUAGUGUUGAGUACGACUCUGGUCUCUAAGUUUACCAUGCUCCUGAACUGAUAAAGCUGAUUCACGACUAGCUUGGGACGCUAAGGGGCGUGUCCUGUCUGCGCUCUCCACGAGCCCGGCGCUAUCUCGUGCAUUAUCGUGUCAGGACCCUUUUUUCGAUGGCUCAAGCCAGCCGUGAAGGUGGUAUGAAAAAAACACCAGCGAAAAUUCAAACGGCGACUUUUCCGAUUUUUUCAUUUCGCUAGGGAACUUUCCGACGGCCACCUUUCCGACGAAACUUUUUCCGACUUUUUUCCCUUAUGCUUUUCGGUUUAUAAAACAUCUAUAAACAUUUUUUUUUCCUAUUUCUUUGUAUUUUAAUUAUGAACAAACUACCUACUUUAUAUAGGAAGAUGUAAAACGAAGAGUUUAUCGAGAAAAAAAAGUCGGAAAAAGUUUCGUCGGAAAGGUGGCCGUCGGAAAGUUCCCUAGCGAUGAAAAAAUCGGAAAAGUCGCCGUUGGAAUUUUUGCCGGUGUUUUUUUCAUACUACCGCCGUGAAUCAGUUAUACGUGCGCGCUGACCUGCCGUUUUUCUGAGCGCUUAACUUGAAGCCGAAUUUUGAGAGCCUCUUGGAGUUAUUCGGUGAGCUUCGGCUUAAGAACUCACCCUAGGACGGCCAACUACUCUCAUAAAUUAAUAAUACUGGGGAUUUUUCUGAUUUUUUAAAAAAAGUAUAUUCAGUAACUUGUUUUAAAAAUUCUUUCAGGUGAAAGAAUUGGCUCAGGGUACAAAGACGGCUUGCAACAACGCUGCCGACAAAAUCAGCGAAAAGCUCCACGAUGCAAAACAAGCAGUCAUCGGUCACUAA